UGAAAAAAAAAAAAAAAAAAGUCGUUCGUUCUAUCUCCAUCCCCAAAUCUACCUUCGCCGGAAAUACAAAUUGACGGCUAAUCGUCGACCGGCGGUUAUUGAUCGGAAAACAUGUCAAUAUCUAAGGCAGGAAGGAUUUUAUGCAGGACCUUUUCUUCGCUCUCUGUAAAUCCCUUACGUGUUUGUAUUGUCGGCAGUGGACCGGCUGGAUUUUACUCAGCUGAGAAGAUGAUGAAAGCGAAUAAGGAAGCUGAAGUUGAUAUAAUUGAUAGAUUGCCCACUCCAUACGGACUGGUCCGUUCAGGUGUAGCACCUGAUCAUCCGGAAACAAAGAUUGUGAUGAAUCAAUAUGGUCGUGUUGCGAAAAAUGAUAGAUGUUCUUUCUUUGGAAAUGUAUCAUUGGGAUCUUCUGUUUCUUUAUCUGAGCUCAGGGAAUUAUAUCAUGUGGUUAUCCUAGCGUACGGAGCUGAAAGUGAUAGAAAUCUUGGUAUCAAUGGAGAAGAUUUGUCGGGGAUUCACUCAGCAAGAGAAUUUGUUUGGUGGUAUAAUGGACAUCCCGAUGGGCAUGAUCUUGCUCCAGAUUUACAGAGUUCUGAUACAGCUGUUAUUCUUGGGCAGGGUAAUGUAGCUCUUGAUGUUGCCCGCAUACUAUUAAGACCAACUGCUGAAUUGUCAAGAACAGAUAUUUCCAGUCAUGCCCUAGCUGCCUUGGAGAAGAGUAGUAUAAAGAAGGUAUACUUGGUUGGAAGACGUGGACCUGUACAAGCAGCUUGCACUGCAAAAGAGUUACGAGAAAUCCUUGGUAUUAAAGAUUUGCAUGUUCACAUCCAAGAAGCUGAUCUAGUAAAAACUCCCAUUGAUGAGGAAGAGCUAAAGAACAACCGGAUUAAAAGAAGGAUCUAUGACUUGCUCUCUAAGGCGGCUACAGAAUCUUCCAAGCAAACAACUGGUCAACAGGAACUUCACUUUGUUUUCUUCCGAAAACCGCACAGUUUUCUAGAAUCUGAUAAUAAAAGAGGACUUGUUGCUGGUGUGCAUCUUGAAAAGACAAUUCUUAAAGAGGAUGAAGACACAAGGAAACAGUUUGCGGUUGGUACUGGGCAGUUUGAAGAUCUUGAAAGUGGAUUAGUAUUAAAGAGCAUUGGUUAUAAAUCUGUUCCUGUUGAUGGGAUACCUUUUGACUACAACAAAGGCAUUAUACCGAAUGUUGGAGGCCGUGUUUUGAGUCAUACAUCCUCGGGUGGGGAUUUGGCAGCAGUAGAAGAAGGUGUUUACGUGAGUGGGUGGUUGAAACGCGGCCCAACGGGGAUCAUUGCUACUAACCUUUACUGUGCUGAAGAAACAAUUGCAAGCAUAAGUGAAGACAUUGAGAAUGGUAGAUUGGGAUCUUUGUGUAGACAAACUAAGCCAGGGAGGGAAGGGCUUGGUCGGUUAUUAGAUCGCAGGAAUGUCAAAGUGAUACCGUUUAGUGCCUGGGAAAAGAUUGAUGCCGAAGAAACGAGGCUCGGGAUUUUGAAAAACAAACCUAGAGUUAAAUUCACCACAUGGGAAGACCUUCUUCAAGUUGCCUUGCAUUGAUUGAUCAUCAUUAUUUAUAACAAU